GCGCUUCACACUACACGUGUUUAAUUAGACACUUCUGAUGUUUAAAGAAUCGUUACGAUUGCUUAUCCGAGUGGACAUCUCGGGCGCCAUUACAGCCUAAAUGGCGCUCACACACGACAGGCAGGGAGACGAGUUGCGGGUAAACACACGUUCUGUUAAAAGUGGUCGCAUGUACCCUUGUUACUAGGUAAUUACAUCUCAGUAACACAGCAAAGGGACAAGGUGCGAUGGCAGAGACGGCCUACUCCCUCCCCGCGACGCUCGGGAUAGAGCGGCAUGACCCGCGCAUGAAACGGGCACCUGCAUACAGCUUUGGAUCCAGAUACUCGCAGUUCAAGGACGACAGUCCUGGUCCGGCGUACAAUGUCGACAGCAGGGUGACGAAGUACGGCCGUGAGAGGGAGAAGGGCAUCACCAUAGCCGGAAGACCCAGUCCCAGACCUGUUGCCAGUUUCUCCCCAGGGCCCAUCUACCGGACCGACAGUCUGGGCUCCCCCCGCGACAAGCGCGCCCCCUGCUACAGCUUUGGUCGACGAUCAUUUCCCAACUUUGACGAUGCCAACCCCGGCCCUACGACGUACAGCAUACCAUCCACCCUCGGCUCGGACAUCCCUAUGUACAGGGGGGGUCGGGCAGUCGCUCUCAGGGGCAGGGACCAGUUUGGUUUCGCAUACGACUGGUCUAAGUCCCCCGGGCCGGCUGCGUACGGAACCCCGGUCCCUCUUACAAAGCGCGCACCUGUUGUGACAAUGAAGGGUCGGAACUAUCUUCCCAGCUACAAGCAACAAAACCCAGGUCCCGGGGCCUAUGACAGUGAUAAGUUGUUGUAUGGCAAGCAGGCCAGUCCACGGUUCACCAUUGGGAUUAAACAUUCCGACAAGGCGAUGCCGUUCUUCACGUUAGCGGAUGUUGGUGAGUGAGGGCUAACACCUGUCGACAGACAGAAGUCUACAUGGACUGAUCGGUGUAGGCCGCUGUGUUGAACAGUAUUGACUUUGGACACUCUUAUCUCAACAUUGCAGGCAAUCUUCACUCUUGUAUUUACAAUGGCAUCAACACUUCACUCUUGUAUUUGUGGGCGGUGGGGUAGCCUAGUGGUUAAAGCGUUCGCUCGUCACGCCGAAGACCCGGAUUCGAUUCCCCACAUGGGCACAAUGUGUGAAGCCCAUUUGUGGUUUCCCCCGCCGUGAUAUUGCUGGAAUAUUGCAAAAAGCGGCGUAAAACCAAACUCUCUCACUCUUGUAUUUACAUUAGCAUCAACGUCACCGGCAAGAACGCCUACAUUACCGGCAGCAACAGCAACAGCCCCUACAGCACUGUACCAAUAACAACAACUCCUCUAUGACCGGCAACAACAGCAACACCUACAUGACCCACAACAACAACAACGAGGCCUACAUGACCGACCUCAACAGCAACACCUGCAUCGAAAGAACAGCCACGUCAAAGCAUAAAUAGCAACGACGCCUACAUGACGGGCAACAACAGCAUCAACACUAAAACACCACAUCACCAACACCAGUGACCGGCAGCAGCAACACCAACAACAUAUACCUCACUGGAUACAACAGCCACAACACCUUCAUCAGCGGCAGCAACAUCAACACUUAUAUCAACGACACCUACAACAAGACUAACACGACCGCCAUUCAACAUAAAUAAUUCCCACAGCAUCAACAUCAAUAACGAUAACCACCACAAACCCUCCCGUGUAGGAACAUGGCUUACAGGGCCACAGAAACAGUUUACGUUAUUGCCACCAACAGCAACAGCUUUUACAUCACCGACAUAGAGAGCAACAUGGCUUACACUAUCCCGUGUAUCAUUUGGAAUGUUCCUAUACACAACGACGGGGAAGCUGGAGACGUUCAGUGGUAUUAACGUUCAAGACGUCGUUGUUUUCGCGUGAGUCCCUGCAGCUUCAGUUUAAUGAUUUGUAUUGUUUUAUAUGAUCAUGUAAAGCUCAGUACCCCAGGGUGCACCUGCACACGCUAGCUUGUCCAUCAGUACUCCCGUACGUCUGUCUGUGUAUCUGUUUUUAUGUAGAAGUAUACCGUACGUAUAUGUACGUAUAGAAGUUUAUACCGCUAUGAUCUGCUGUUCUGGGCGAUGUUAGUGUAAAGGUCAGUAACUUAGUCACGGUUCGCUGUAGGAAACAUGUCACCAGGAGUGCCUUUCAUACGUACUAUCUUACUUACGAUCUCACAAUGUCAUGUAGACUCUCACUCAGAGUAUUCAACUUAAAGAUGUUCAGUGUACUAAACCUGAAGCUGGUCCGGAUUCACAUUAUUUCCAUUACCGGUCAAUUUUGUGGUACAGAGCAACACAUGUCUGCUUGUCUUUACAUUGGUCCAGACCAGACAACUCUAAGAACCCAAACAUAGGUCCAGAAAAUUCCAAUCCAAUAAGCUAAUCCAUUGGUUCAGACCACACCAGCCUGAUAACCCAUAUAUUGGUUCAGACCACACCAGCCUGAUAACCCAUAUAUUGGUUAAGAUCACACCAGCCUUAUAAACCCGUCCAUUGGUUCAGACCAUACCAGAAAAAUAAACCCAUUCAUGGUUCAGACCAUACCA